AGGAAACGGUGCUGGGGUGGCGAUUGCUUCACCUGUGCCCUUGGCCCAUGUGCAGCUCAUUGGCUGCACAGGGGUGGGACCUUCUUGCUGCAAAGCAGGAGCUGGAGGGCAGUGCUUGCUCUUUGCAGGCAUUUUCCCCGCUGGCACCUGGAGAUGGGUUGCUGAAGCUUGGUGUUGCAUUGCUGUGGCUGGAAUCUGCUAAUUGCUGUGCUCGCGUCGAGCUGGUGGGAGAGCCCAGCGCGAGCGCCGCAGGAGGAACUUGGCUGCAUAAAGGCAUGCUUCCUCACUCUCUCCCCUGUCCUCCAGCCUUCCUCUACCUCCAACAGGGUAACCAGGACGCCACGGCUCCGCCUGACGCGAUGGCACAGCCCUACCCCCCGGCCCAGUAUCCCCCGCCCCCCCAGAACGGCAUCCCCGCAGAGUACGCGCCGCCGCACCCCCACCCCACGCAGGACUAUUCGGGGCAAAGCACAGUACCGGAGCACGCCAUGACCCUCUACACACCAGCACAGAGCCACGCCGAGCAGCCGGGCUCCGACGCCAGCACACAGUCCAUAGCAGGGACGCAGACGGUACCGCAGACAGACGAAGCGGCACAGACAGACAGCCAGCAGCUACAUUCCUCAGACAACACAGACAAGCAACAGCCCAAGAGGUUACACGUCUCCAACAUCCCCUUCCGAUUCCGGGACCCCGACCUGCGGCAAAUGUUUGGGCAAUUCGGGAAGAUCCUUGAUGUGGAGAUCAUUUUCAAUGAGCGGGGCUCCAAGGGUUUUGGGUUUGUAACUUUUGAAACUAGCACAGAUGCCGACCGGGCACGAGAGAAGCUGAAUGGCACGAUCGUAGAGGGCCGGAAGAUUGAGGUGAACAACGCCACAGCCCGGGUGAUGACGAACAAGAAGACUGCAAACCCCUACACUAACGGCUGGAAGCUGAACCCAGUGGUGGGAGCUGUCUACGGCCCUGAGUUCUAUGCAGUAACGGGGUUCCCAUACCCUGCCACGGGGACAGCUGUGGCCUACCGAGGGGCACACCUACGGGGACGAGGACGCGCCGUCUACAACACGUUCCGGGCUGCACCCCCACCGCCGCCCAUCCCCACCUAUGGCACGGUUGUCUACCAGGAUGGAUUCUAUGGAGCAGAAAUCUACGGGGGCUAUGCCGCCUACAGAUACGCGCAGCCUGCGGCCGCAGCAGCAGCAUACAGCGACAGUUACGGCCGAGUGUACGCAGCCGCAGACCCCUACCACCACACCAUCGGCCCCGCCGCCACGUACAGCAUCGGCACCAUGGCUAGUCUAUACCGAGGAGGGUACAGCCGCUUCACUCCCUACUAGCAAGACAGACCCAGCCCCUCACAGCACUAACACUGACCGCUCACUAGAAACCAAACCAGGCAGACUAAGCAGAGGCAGAGCCUCCCGGAGGAACCGAGCCCUGCCUGCGGGCUCUGCCCCGCGAUAGGUUCACCUCGAGCCACUCCGCCGCAGCCUCCAUCCCACCCAGCCCGGGCAUAGCGCUGCUGGGGGGCGGCUGGGAGUGGAACUAUGGGACUGUGGGUGCUGCCCUGCUCGGGGCGAGGGCUUGGCCCCAUAGGUGAGGCAGGGGUGGGGGGUGUGGGGCUGCGCUGGGGCUGGCGG